GAACAUUUCGUGGCUAUAAUAAAAAUAAAUAAAUAUAUAAAAGUAUGACCAUAUCUAACUAGUUUAACUUUUUCUCACAAUAUUAUAAUAAAUGAGUUUGUUGAUGUGAUCAGAUAAAUUAGUGUCGAGUCAUAAAUUGCAACAACUGUUGUGGGAAUACAAAGGAUUAUAUAGCUUUAGCACUUUGGUUUUCCAAUUUUUCCCACGGGUAUUGUUUAGGUUCACUACCAGGAUUUGUUUAGUUCCCACGAAUAUACCAAUCUAAGCAUUAAAUGUCAGUAUUGCUAUUCAGCACCAGGACUAGUGCCCAACACCUUUUAUCGGUUUAUUUUCAGAUUAAGAGUACGUCAAUGGAAUCAGCAGGGUUGUUUCAAGUGAAUCGGUUAGAGCCAGAGUUGGUCAGACCAGCAGAAGCAACACCUCGUGAGGUAAAAGAAUUAUCAGAUAUUGAUGACCAAGAAGGCUUAAGGUUCAUUGCUCCUGUAAUAUUCUUUUACAAGAACAAGAAUAAGCCUUCUUCAUCAAAUUCAAUCAUGGAAGAACAUGAUCAUGAUGAUCCUGUGAAGCUUAUCAAAGAAGCUGUUGGUAGAACAUUGGUGUAUUACUAUCCCUUAGCUGGUAGGCUUAAGGAAGGUCUCAACAGGAAGCUUAUGGUAGACUGCAAUGGCCAAGGGGUAUCCUUUGUGGAAGCUACUGCAGAUGUUGACUUUGACCAGCUUGCCAAUGUCAUUCAACCCUCAUCCCCCUUCUUACAUCACUUUCUUUUUAAUCUUCCUCCACAAUCUCACAAUAUACUUGAUUCUCCUUUGAUAUUUAUUCAGGUCACUCGUUUGAAUUGUAGUGGAUUCUUGUUCCCACUAAGCUUUAACCACACAAUGUGCGACGGAUUUGGAUUGGCCCAGUUUUUGAAGACAAUGGCAGAAAUGAUAGGUGGUGCACAUGUUCCAUCUAUCCAACCUGUUUGGCAACGAGAGAUAUUUAAUGCUCGAAACCCACCAAGAAUAACUUGUUCACAUCUUGAAUUCGAAGAUGUACCACUUGUGUCUCCUAUUUCCGAAUGCUCAAACAUGUUGCUGGACCCAAACAACCACAUUCAACGACCAUUCUUUUUCAGUCUAUAUAAAAUAAGCUCCCUUCGAAAACAACUUCCACCACACCUAGCAAAAACUUGUUCACGAUUUGAUUUACUCGCUGCAUGUCUCUGGAAAUGUCGUACAAUCGCUCUUAAUCUAAACAAAAAUGAAGUUGUUCGCUUUUCCUGCUUAACAAGUAUACGUACAAAGAAAGAGGAGAUGGAGAAAUUAGGUUUGCCAUUGGGAUACUACGGCAACGCUUUUGCAUACCCAGCAGUAAUGUCGAAAGCCGAAGUUUUGUGCAAAAGCUCUUUGGGUGACGUUGUGGAGUUGAUCAAGAAAGCGAAAGAGCAAGUGAAUGUUGAGUACAUGAAAUCGGUUGCAGAUCUUAUGGUGAUUAGAGGCCGACCGAGGUUUAGUGAACUUGGAAACUUCAUUGUUUCUGACAAUACUCGUCUUGGGUUCGAUCAGAUAGAUUUUGGUUGGGGUUUGCCGAGAUUCGCUGGAGCAGCCACCUGCUUUUCUAUGAUUAUUAGUUGUCUUGUGUCGCUCGAGCAGGAAGGAGAGAAAGGGAUUUCGGUGGCAAUAGCCUUCCCUACCGAGUUGGCUGCGCAAACAUUUCAACGAGAAAUUGAUCGUUUCAAGAUUACAUCCUCUCUUUAAUUUAUAAUUUUCUGUUUGGUAUGUCUUGUGUUUUAAAAGCAAAACAAAAUAUAUAAUGUGAUCUCCUACAAGCACAUAUGUAUUAUGUUGCAUUUAUAUUAUGUAUAAGUGAUUAAUAUUGUGA